CCUCGGGAUGCUAGGAGGGUCAGGUGGGUGCAGGAGUUGGAGGUAAGCCUAGGCAUCAUGGUGGGCGUUGGCCACGACAAUAAUGACAGCCACCACCAUCCUAAGUAGGGGUGAGCUGGGUUAUAGCACUUGCUUGGCGAGCACAAGGUCCCCAGAUCAGCAGAAAUAAGUGAGAGAAGAGUUUUCCUGGGAGCAGAAUACGGGAACGACCCCUUGCGGUCAGUACUGCUGAGUGUGCAGGGGCUUCUGAGCUCAAUCAUGGAAGCUUGACACCCACUGCACGAGUGCCACACUUGUGUUUUCACUCAGCCAACGGCAGCAGCCUUUCCACGAGUUUGAUGACCUCGGAGCCCUCAGUAAGGAGGACACACGGCACUUGUCUUUCUGUGACAGGCCUUCUUAGCAUUAGGUCCUCUGGGUUCUUUUGUUUGUUUUGUUUUUGUUUUUUGAAACAGGGUCUCACUGUGUAGCCUAGACUGGCCUCCAGCUCUUGGCAAUCCUCCUGCCUCAACCUCCUGAAUGCGGAGGUAACAGGUCUUCUCCCCUGCGGCCAGCUAUGUUGUACAGUGGCACCUUGGUUUAUGAACUGAACAAUUUAGGGGAAGAUGGCUCUGUUUAUGUUUGUGUGGGGGAGAUGACUGGUGAGCUGAUGCCAAGUUUGCAAGUGGAAGCAAAAUUUCAUCAAAUGCUUUCGCUGGUGAACCGAAUUGUUUGCAGACAGACAUGAUCAUGAACUGAGGUACUGCAGUGUAUUUCAGUUCCCUUUUUGAAGGCUGACUAGUAUCCCAUCGCACACAUUUCCCUUUUUCUUCACUGAUCUGUCGGUGGUUGAGGUUGCUUUCCCUCCUACUCCUGGCUCCAUAGUUGGCUUUGAGUCUGUCUGUGUCAAGAGUGUGGGCCGGAUUCAUCCUUCAGUCUUAGUUCCCCUCCUGUUCCCCCAUGCUUUCCACACUUUCUCUGCCUGGUGCAGAUCCAGAACCCUCUGUACCUCCCUGUGCUGCUUUAGAAACCUUCAGUCAGUUCCUGCUCUGGCCAGGCCUUAGCAUGACCCGUCGUGCUCUGGCCUUACGGCUGUGCAGAGGUGCUGGUGCCUCGAGCAGGAGUGGGGGAAGCCGAGAGGUGGAGAGGAGGAGAAACCUCCACCCUAGCACUUUGUGCCCCCUGGCCCUGGAACCUGGGUCUGCGGGGCCCUUGGGGCUCGCUGUGGUGGGGCCGCAGAGGAGCUGCGUUGUGCGAGCCGGGAUGGAGUCGGACAUGUCCCAGACCUGCAGGGCUGGCCGUGUCCCCUCCUCCCUGGUUCUUUUGCCGCGGAUUCCUGUGCUGCAGCAUGGGGAAGUGGGGUCCCGGGGACCAGAAGUUCCCUGAAGGAAGAAUGGCCGGUUCUCAUGCUUGGGAGGAGAAGGCCAGAGUGUGACUCCUACCGCUGUAUGCCCCCCAGCUUCUGGUGAGGGGUCCCUUCUCUCCCUGGUGUGCGAGGGCGCAGCCUCUGGGAGCCCCAGCCUUCGCUCCAUGCUUCUGCACUGGUUCAGGCCAAGCCCAGCAGCCUUGCUGUGCCCUCCAGCACUCUCUGAGGUCAGGAAGGUGCCCCAGGCCGCCUGCCCUCUGGGGACACAGCCUGCAGGAAUGCAAUUCCUGAGGAGGCAGCCAUGACCCAUGGCCCAAAGCCUCUGUCUGGCCUGUUGUGAUCACCCCCAAGUUGGGAUCGCAGCCUCCUUCCCAUCUCUAGUCCUUCACCCAUUGCCAUUGCAGGACUAAACCCUAGGGGACUUGUCCCAGGUUUCAGUUCCUCAGCAACAGACAAACCCUCAUGGAGCCCCGCCCUGCCCAGUUCAUACCCUGGGGUGUCACUCAGUGGUUAGUGGUUGUCUGGGGCCAUCUCCAGCACAAGUAAUUAGGGUGCUUGGGGCAGUUGUUUUCUUGUUUAAUUUUGUUUUCCGGUGCAGCUUUCCCUGCUGUGAUUAGAGUAGAGGUGAGAAUGAAAACCCUGCCCAGGCUGCAGGGAUGGGCAGCCUGGUUGAGAGGCCCCACUGGCUGCCUGGCCACCAUGAGGCUCCCAGCUUCUCCUCUGAAGCUCUCGGCGAAGGCAGAUGAGGGGGGCUUGCUAGGGCCCCUCUGCACCCCGAACCCAGACACGUGCACGACGCGUGUCUGCUCAGUAAGGCAGCUGUGGCUUGUUAUCCAUGUACUGUGUCGCCCGGUCACUGUCACUGUCCUUUCUCUGCUGCACCCGUGCUGUGUGACCCCUGCGACUGUGACCCACCCAACCUGGAUGUCACAGCCCUGCGUGGUCCGGCUGCCUUGUGGCCUGGCUUUCCCCAUCUCUCUUCCUUGGAGCGCCAUGUCCCAGACCUUGCAGCUUCUAGUGGCGACCCAUCUCCCACUCCCGGGAAGAGUCCAUUGUACCUUGUGCUGUGUUUUGCUUUGCAUCGGUGGGGAUGGAGCCCAGGGCCUCAUGCGUGUAGGCAUGCUCUAUACUACUGCCUACGGCCCACGGGAAUCAGUCAUUUCUUUCCCUCCCAGCGUUCAUCUUUUCAUUACUUGUCCUCAGCCUCUUUUGUGUAUUUAUUUGUAUUUCAAGACAGGGUCUCCCUGAAAUGCCCUGGUAGGGCUUGAACUUGAAGUCCUCCUGCCUCAGCCUCCCUCUGGCUGGAAGUACAGGCACGAGGCAGAAUGCCAGGCUGGAAUCAAGCAUUUCUUAAUGUUUCUCAUCUCCCUCUGUACCUAAUGCAGAUCAAUGAGCUGAGCAAUGUCCCUGUCCCUGUCAUGCUCAUGCCAGAUGACUUCAAAGCCUACAGCAAGAUCAAGGUGGACAAUCAUCUCUUCAAUAAGGAGAACCUCCCCAGCCGCUUCAAGUUCAAGGAGUACUGUCCCAUGGUGUUUCGCAACCUCCGGGAGCGCUUCGCCAUCGAUGACCAGGAUUACCAGAACUCGGUAACACGCAGCGCCCCCAUCAACAGCGACAGCCAGGGCCGCUGCGGCACGAGAUUCCUCACCACCUAUGACCGGCGCUUCGUCAUCAAGACUGUGUCCAGUGAGGAUGUGGCCGAGAUGCACAGCAUCCUAAAGAAAUACCACCAGUUUAUUGUGGAGUGUCACGGGAACACGCUGCUGCCUCAGUUCCUGGGCAUGUACCGCCUGACGGUGGAUGGCGUGGAGACCUACAUGGUGGUCACCAGGAAUGUGUUCAGCCACCGGCUCACUGUGCACCGCAAGUACGACCUCAAGGGCUCUACUGUCGCCAGAGAAGCGAGUGACAAGGAAAAGGCCAAGGACUUGCCCACGUUCAAAGACAACGACUUCCUCAACGAGGGCCAGAAGCUGCACGUGGGUGAGGAGAGCAAGAAGAACUUCCUGGAGAAGCUGAAGCGGGAUGUGGAGUUCCUGGCGCAGCUGAAGAUAAUGGACUACAGCCUGCUGGUGGGCAUCCAUGAUGUGGACCGAGCCGAGCAGGAGGAGGUAGAGGUGGAGGAGCGUGCAGAGGAUGAGGAGUGCGACACGGACGGUGCGGGUGGCCUGCUCUGCUCGUACGGGACACCACCUGACAGCCCUGGCAACUUGCUCAGCUGCCCCCGCUUCUUUGGGCCGGGGGAAUUCGACCCCUCGGUGGAUGUCUAUGCCAUGAAGAGCCACGAGAGCAGUCCCAAGAAGGAGGUCUACUUCAUGGCCAUCAUAGACAUCCUCACGCCCUAUGACACUAAGAAGAAGGCUGCGCAUGCCGCCAAGACGGUGAAGCAUGGGGCGGGGGCAGAGAUCUCGACUGUGAACCCUGAGCAGUACUCAAAACGCUUCAACGAGUUCAUGUCCAACAUCCUGACGUAGUGACCUCGGACCUCGGCCAGGCGGGGCAGGAGAGAGGGGCAAGGGCAUCGGGGCACUCCAGGGAGGGACAGCCGCGUGUACAUGCCACUGUGUCCCUCCCUUCUGCUGACCCGUGCCCCCUAUUUUGGUACCACGUCACCUUUUAAGACACUUGGGGCUGGAGGUGACUGGUGGGUUUAUUUGGUUUUGAUCCUGAAACGCUGCUGCUCCAGGCUUGUGGUUGAUCAAGAUGGGGGGUCAUCAUCACCCAGCCCAUUCCCUGCCGGCCCACCCCUUCUCUCUGGCACAGUCACCCCCGGGUCCCAUCCACCUCCACAGCCCUGCUGCCUGCCGUCAUAUCUGGACCCUGAUGUGCUAGAGCGCUGGGGGGGGGGGGUUAUUCCCUGUGACUCCCGCGCCUUCCUCCAGGCUGGCCCUCCUCAGAGGCAGAGAUCACGAGGGGGGCAGGGUAGUCCUGACAGGGCGGGGACCAUCACCCAUGCUCAGGCUUCUGGGCCCCGAGCCUGCCUGCCAGGGCUGCAGAGGACUGGAUAGCACCCUGGGCUAUAGGGCCCUGGUGGCUCAGUGCUGUUCCUUCGGCCCCUCAGAAGCUAAUCACAUCAGAUACGGUUUUCCUGUCUCCAUUUGUCUCCUGGACAAGUAGGACAGCAAUGUGUCCCCACCUGGGAGUGCAGCGGACAAGCCUAGGGUUGCUUGGGAGUUUCUUGAGGACGUGACCAGGAGGGCCACUUGGGAGGCCCACUGUGGGGGGGCUGGCCCUGCCCUGCCCCUGUCCCCAGGCUGCACCACCCCUGCAGCCCUCUCAGGGCUCUCAUCCUCGGAGCCCCCCACGGAAGAGCUCUUUGUGCCCUUAUGCAGCUGGUCCACUGAGAAAAGAGACAUCUUUCCAGUGCCCACCAAGAGCUGGGGACUUGGCCUGAGAGGGGUGACACUGGCAGGUGACUCAGGUGUAAAGCUGGUUUGUGGAGCAUUGCAAGGAACAGGUUUCCUGGGGCUCCUGCUCGCCUGACCCUCAGGUGGCUGGGGACCUCACUGGACUGUGGGGAGCCCCUUUACUCGGCCUGGCUCCAGGAAGGACAGAGGUGGCUCUGAGCAGCAACCCUGGGAGCGUUUGGAACCUCGAGGCACGUGGAGAAGUCGGGACUUGGGAAGGAAUCACAGAGGAAUCACGUCCGGGCUUGAUUUCCCCACCUCAUAAUCAGGAGUGAAAUUCUGGAUCUGCUCUGUGCCAGGCCCAGGCCCCUGCACCCAUGCUCAGGAGCCUGAGACCCCUGGCGGCCAUGCUGCCCUGACCCUGUCACUUUGCCAUAUGGUGUCCCAGGCGUUACCCGUCCUGCCAGUUACGCAACUACCAGGUAUCUAACUCGUUUAACAUGGAGUUUCUGUUGUUUGGUUUUCUGGUACAUUGUUUACACUGUGAGAGGUGGCGUCCUGCUCCAAACGCUCUUUAUGUUUUUCUGACAGUAUUGUGGAUCGGGUCAAGACAUUUGAGCUGUGGUUUGGUAGAUUUUAGAUUUUUUUUAAAGGUCUUUGUGCUAUUUUCAAAACCUUGGGUCUGGCCCUUUAAUUCUUUUCGGCAUUCAGAUGUUCAGAAGCUAUUUAUCUUGAUUUAUACAAGUUUUCUUUUUCUGUUUUGUAACGAUAAAGACAUUCUGUUUGGCUUGCAGUCUGAAAGUGAACUGAGCCCCACAUUUUUGGUUCCCUCUCUUCUCCUCAAAUCCUGCCAGGUUCCUUCCUGGCCAUCUCGGAAUACUUGGGGUUCUCCCAGGAGCGCUGGUGUGGGAAUUAGGAGGUGGCUGGGGGCCAAGGCCCAGGUGGGGACAAAGGCAGGUUCUGCUCCCAGACUCUCAUUUUGCCCCUGACAAGGUCACAGUCACAGCUCCUCCUGUCCCCAAUGCCCUGUCCUGGAAAGUCCAUACUGGGACACCCUUGUUUCUAGCCCCUAGUGGACCCCUGACUGAUGGCCCAGUCGUGGGUCCCUACAUGGGCUCCUUCCUUGUGCUCCGUGUCCCAGGGCGGCAUCCUGGGUAGCCAGGUGGCCAGCACUUCUGGCGGCACUGUCCUCACCUAGCUCAGGGUUACAGGUCUUGAGUAGCACCGCCCUCCCACUGGGCAGCUCUUCCUCCUCCCCCAAGGAAGGCGACCCCAAGACCCAGGCCUUUCUCAGUAGCCAGUCCUGCCCCCUCGUCUGCUCCUCAGCCUCUGGGUCCUGGCUUGGGGCUCCCCCAAGGCAGGAAUGUAGGGGAGCACCCUCCAAGAGAAAUGCAUCCAGAUGGCACCCCCAGUCUGCUAGCCAUUUGCACAGUGUGAGGGGUGUCCCUGUGGGGUGGAGGCUCAGGCCACUCCUCAGGCCACUGAGACACUGAAAGAGGCUAUGGAUGAAGCUUCCUGCCACGGCCUCGGGGAGCCGGAGCUGCUCGGCACCUUGAGCAUGGUGUCCGGUCAUUGUGAACAAAGAAUGUGAACCCAGUUCCCGGUCACCUGGGGGGCAGAGGCCACCCCUCGCCACACAAGUCACCUUGUUUCCCACUGCAAGUUCCACUUUUUCAAUAGGAAUUUUCAGCCCCCUGUGCUCGUCUAAUGUCUGCUCUCAACAGUUCGAGGCCCUGUUCCUGUUUUAAACUGCAUGCAUGUUACGAUGCCUCUCCAACUCGAGGGAAAUAAACCGUGAGAAGCUUUGUGUA